CGGGCGCGAUGGCUGCGCUCGCCGGGCUAGGGGUUCUCGGCGCCGGGCGCCGUCUGUGGAAGCUGCCUGUGCGCCUGUCUGCGGGACUCCAGGGCUGCGGGGUCCGGAGGGGCUACCUCGUGGGCAGCGCUGAGCGCUCUCCCACCUUCGGCUUGCUGUUUGACAUUGAUGGAGUGCUGGUUCGAGGCCACAGAGUGAUCCCGGCUGCUCUGGAAGCGUUCAGCAAGCUGGUAAACUCCCAGGGGCAGCUGCGGGUACCUGUGGUUUUUGUCACAAAUGCUGGGAACAUCUUGCAGCAUAACAAAGCCCAGGAGCUGUCAGCCCUGCUGGGGUGCAAGGUGGAUCCAGACCAAGUCAUUCUUUCUCACAGCCCCAUGAAACUCUUCCUGAAGUACCACAACAAGCAGAUGCUAGUGUCUGGGCAGGGGCCCCUGGUGGAGAAUGCCAGAGCACUAGGCUUCCAGAAUGUGGUGACGGUCGAUGAGCUGCGGAUUGCCUUCCCAGAGCUGGACAUGGUGGACCUUCAGCGCCGUCCGAAGUCCAUGCACCUGAGGAAUGACUUCCCUGUCAUUGAAGGGGUCAUUCUUCUUGGGGAGCCAGUCCGCUGGGAGACAAACCUGCAGCUGAUUAUGGAUGUCCUUCUUAGCAAUGGCAACCCUGGAACUGGCCUGGCAAUAGCUCCGUAUCCCCACCUCCCUGUCCUGGCUAGCAACAUGGACCUGCUGUGGAUGGCCGAAGCCAAGAUGCCCAGGUUUGGUCAUGGCGCCUUUCUGCUAUGCCUGGAAACCAUCUACCGGAAAGUGACAGGCAAUGAGCUGAAGUACGAGGGCCUGAUGGGCAAACCCAGCAUCCUCACUUACCAGUAUGCAGAGGAUGUGAUCAGGCAGCAGGCUGAGAGGCGGGGCUGGGCCGCCCCCAUCAGGAAGCUGUAUGCUAUAGGUGAUAACCCUAUGUCUGAUGUCUACGGUGCCAACCUGUUCCAUCAGUACCUGCAAACAGCAAAUCUUGGAGAGGACGGGCAACAGACUGGUGGACAGCAGAAGCAGCGGCCUUCAGCGACCCAGAGCUGUGCUUCCAUCCUGGUAUGCACUGGCAUAUACAGUUCUCAGGACCCAGGCUCCCAGGUGCCUACUCCUGGAAGGGAAGAGCUUCCGUUCCAUGGGCACCGAGACUUCAGCUUCAGUCCAGAGCUCCUAGAGGCCUCCCACAUCGUUCACGAUGUAAAUGAAGCCGUUCAGCUGGUUUUCCACCAGGAGGGUUGGGCUUGAGAGAAGAGAGAUGUACCAGAGACAAAGGGGCUGUUGGGACACACGCUCAGGGAAUCCUGUGUGCCAGGCUGUGGUCUGGAUCACAGGCAUCAAGUCCGAGCCUGGUCUCUUGCCAUUGCUUCCUGGGACAAAGAAGAGCGCAGCUUCUGUAGCUGCACAGUGCCUUGGGGAGCUGUGUAUCAGGAGAAGGGAUGGAUUUCUGGGCCCUUCCUGUGCAUCUCUUGAAGUCUGACCGCAUGCUGGUCUCUUUACCUCUGUGCCUCAGUGUCCUUCUCUCAGCGAGGACCUUUUUUUUUUUUUUUUCCAGACAGGGUCUCACUAUUGUAGCUCCGGCUGUCCUGGAAGUCACUAUGUAGACCAGGCUGUCCUGAAACUCCGAUCUGCCUGCCUCUGCCUCCCCAGUGCUGGGAUCAAAGGUGUGUGCCAUCACACCUGCCUCAGUAAGGACUUUUAAAAACAGGGCACAGUGUAAAAUUAUGUAGAAACUUGUGGAGAACCUGUGGUCACACUGCUGGGAGCACUGUACCAGGGAGGGGGUGACUAACACUCUUGGUAGUGUUUACUGUAUUUUAGAGUGUUGCUCAGAGACUUUGGGGCUUUUUUUUUUUUUUUAAAUUAAAAACUAUUCUAAUAUUUGUU